AUGGAGGAGCAGAGUGAUGCGCCCUCAGAGCUGAGGCCCUUCUGUGCGCUGUGGCCUCUGACCAGGCUGAGGGCCCACAGUGACACCUCUGGGUGCCACUACAGGGUGCUGCUGCGGCUGCGGAGCGCGCGCUCAGCGAACAGAGCAUACACCAGGGGGCGCUGUGUGCAGCACAGUUUUUGUUUGGGUAGCCACCGUAGCCACUCGUGA